UAGAAUCUGCCGUGGGCGCGCGAUGUGCUGCUAGGCAGCAGUUUCCCCUGGCAGCAGCUGAGGCACAUGCCAGCACAGGGUCUCUUCUGUGAGAGGAACAAGACCAACUUCUUCAACGGAAUAUGGCGCAUCCCUGUGGAUGAAAUUGACCGUCCUGGUAGCUUUGCCUCUCAUAUGAACCGCUCCAUUGUUCUGCUGCUGAACGUGCUGUCCCAGCUCAAAGAUUACCCCACUUUGCUGAAAAUCUCCUCUAUGCUGCAGAGGACCCCUGACCAGGGAAAGAAAUACUUGCGGGAUGCAGAUCGCCAGGUUCUUGCCCAGCGGGCCUUUGUUCUCACCGUGAUGGUGCUAGAGGACAUGUUGCAUGAGCUCACUGAGGUAUCCGAAGAUCAAAGCAACCAGGGCUGUGACAUUUUGGAGAGAAGAAUGACUACUGAUGUCUUUCAGAAGGCAAGUGUGGAUGAUGGUCAGGAAACCCUGCCCCCAAAGGCAGCCUUGUCUGGUGGGGAGGGAGCAUCUUAUGGCACUGAGGAUGUCUCCCAAGAAGAGGGCCAGGACCAGCCUCUCACUGCCAUGGAGCCAGACGAGGGCAAGCCAGAAAAAAUCCCAAAAGAGGUGUCUCCGUCAGGCCCUGCCGAGCCCAUGGAGUGCGACCACUUUGCUGCUGACCCUGAAAAAAUGGAGGCCUCCUUUCUUUAUCCUGAGCCAGCCCAAGUGCCCUCUGGCAAGGUCUGCAAGGACAAAGCCCCCGAGAGCCGGACCACGGCAGAACUGUCUCUGGAGGACUUAAGCAUCAGCUCCAAGCACCAGCAGCUGGAGGCAGGAAAGGCCCAAGGCCAGGCCGGCCCCACAGAGGAGACCAGCCAGAACCAGAAGCCCAGCCGGAAGAGGAAGCUGGCCGGGGACACGGAGUCUGGGAAGACCCUCCUUCUGGAUGCCUACCGCGUGUGGCAGCAAGGGCAGAAGGUCAUGACCUAUGAUUUAGGCAAAAUUGAGAAGAUCAUGUCUGAGACUUACAUGCUCAUUAAGCAAGUUGAUGAAGCGGCAGCUCUAGAACAGGCCGUCAAAUUUUGCCAAGUGCACAUUGGCGCUUCUGCCCAAAAACAGUCAGUUGGAGAUGCUCCAGCCACCCCAAAGCACCCCAGAGAUAGUAGGGACAACUUCUUUGCUGCUGCCCCUAAGUCUUUGACGCCCCCCAUGGGGACUGCUGCGGACGCCACCUCCUCGGUUGCAGAAGCUCUGCCCAGACUGGCAGACCAGCAGAGCAAGCCCAAAGCAGCUUCACCCUCCUCCUCCUCCUCCUCUUCUUCCUCCACCGGUGGUCUCCUUGCGCCACCACAGGAGCCGGCAGGGGUGGAGAACAUCAAGGCGAUGCCUCCUACAUCCAGUCUCAAGCCUGACAAAGAAGAGGCGAGCAGAUCGGAGCCACUCCUGGCAGGAUUGCAGCAAGAAUCCCUCCGCUGCCAGCAGAUGAAAAUGGCUACCAUCAACCCCUCUUCCGGUCUACCACCCUGGAAGGUGGAGCUGGAGUCAGCAGGACAGAUGUGGGGUCCAGCAUCCAGUUCCAAGACAGAAGUCACAGCAGACGGGCAUUCCCUGGGGAGGCAGAUCAGCAAAGCUAGCAGCAGCCGAGUGAAGUCCCGCACCUUGCCUAGCGUGCCAAAGCUCUUCAUCCCUUCAUCCGUCUCCAAAUUCCCGCCUGAGAUCACCGUCACUCCACCAACACCCACCCUCCUGUCCCCAAAGGGCAGCAUCUCGGAAGAGACCAAGCAGAAGCUCAAGUCUGCGAUUCUUUCAGCCCAGUCAGCAGCCAACGUGAAGAAGGAGAGCCUCUGCCAGCCUGCCCUAGAGGUGGUGGAGACCUCCAGCCAAGAGUCUUCUCUGGAGAGCGACUCGGAAGAGGAGGAGGAGGAGGAGGAGGACAAUGACUGCAUGGACAUCUGAAGCAUCUAGGCUGCCCCUGGGGGGUGCAGGGUGUGAUGGACAGAGAGAGGCCCGCCCUGCCUGCCCACUGCCCAGGGAGCCCCCGUUUGCUUCCCUUGCCUCUGUCUUUGCCACUGCUGCUUUGACCCCAGGCUAGCAUUGUCCCCCAACUCUCCUUCCUUCCUUCCUCUGGGCCAGCUCUUGCAACCCUUGGCAUGCUGCUCCUGCUCCUGACCCCCUGGCUGGGGGGAAGGAACCUUCAGCCAUGGCUGAACAGGGCCAAGAAGCAGCUGUGCCCUUCAUUCUCACCCGCUUCAUUCUCACCCGCUUCUCUCGCUGUUGCCUGAAAGGAGCUCCCCAGCCGAGCUCUGCCGCUGCUGGCUGUUUGCAUGAAGAGGCAUCAGUCGAUUGGGGCAUCACUGACCGAGAAAUAGAAUGGUUUUCGGUACCAUUUUGAUAAUGUCUGUUUUUUUAUAGAAUGACGCAAAAAGUGUACAUGCUUUGUUUUUUAAGUCCCUGUGGCAAGAUUGGUCGCAUUUAUAUGGGAGACAAUAAAGAAGACCAAGAAUUUUUCUACUGAAUGUUGUAAUUUGUAGCAUAACUAAUGCAAAUCCUGCACAGGAACCAGGAUGUGUAUCACUUAAGCCUAUGUGGAGCUUAUCAGGCUGGGUUUCAGUCUGUUGGGGCGGCCAUUAUAUAAAGGGUGCAAUGCAGAGCUUUGUAUAAAUACACAUUUUUCUAAUAAAGUCAAAGCAUGUC